AUGACUUGGUGUACAAAAAUUUAUGAUAUAUUUAAUGGAUGGAAUGAUGAUGAUGAACAUGAAUUACCAUCCACACCAGCUGCCAAAUCAAUUAAUGGUCUACCAGAAUCAUCAAUAACAUCAAAAGUUGCUCGUCUUAGUUCAAUAAAUGAUAGUUCAUAUCUUGAAAGAUCUCAAUCAAUAUUAAGUAUAAACAAUCCAUCGAAUUAUAAUAAACAAAAUUAUGAUCGAUAUUUUUCAUCAUAUGGAGGUGAUGAUGAUAAUCAUCAUCAUCAUCGUCAAGAACAAAGAUCUUAUGGUAUUGCGACAAUGUAUAUAGGAAGCCAAAACGACCAUAGUCAAGAACAACAACUGGCAAGAAGUUAUUCAUUUGAAUUACAAAGAAAUAAUUUUUUAUUAUCAUCACCUGAUAUUGGUUAUCCAACAUCACAACAAAUGAAUCGACAACGAAAUAAUUUUGAUAAAUCAUUACGAUCUUCGUCGAUAAAUGCUCUUGUGAAUACUUGUAUGAUUGAUAGUCAAGUUUCGCUAUCAAAUAGAAAGGAAGCAAUGGAUCCAAGAUUAUCAACACGUUCUUCAUAUUCCGUUGGUGAAUACGAAACAAAUGAUUCGCCAUGUAGAAAUAAUGAGAAAGUUGCACAAGCAAUUCAAUAUCAUAUUAAACAGAUGUUGACAUCAUCACCCAGUAGUAUAUUUUCUAUGGUCUAUCGUUUUCCAUCUAAUGAAAUGUUAAAUUACAAAGAUUCUUAUCGUAUUGAAGGUGGAUAUGAUGAACCAUCACAAUGGAUAAUUCAAACAAAAAUAGCUCCAGUUGAAUGUCGAAUUAUAUCCGACAAUGUUGCUUCAAUUUAUUCAAAUCAUUUUUAUGAUCAAUAUCAUUAUAAUUUAUUUGCAAUUGAUGAUAAUUCUAAUCCAAUUAUUAUGUCAAUUAAACCACAUAAUAAUCGUUUAACAAUAAUUGUUCGUACAAAAGAAAGUUCAAAAUGUUUAGAUAUGAUUGAAAAUGAAUCAUAUUCAACUGAUUAUGUUUAUUUAGCAAGACAACUUUAUCCAGAUUUGCAAGUUGAUCAUUUUGAAAAUUGUACAAAUCUAAAAGCACAACAAUUUAUAAAAACAUAUGAUGAAAAAUUAGAAACACAUAAAUUUAAAUUUGGUGUCAUUUAUCAAAGACGUGGACAAACAACAGAAGAAGAAUUUUUUAAUAAUGAACGUCAUGGACGAUCAUUAGAUGAAUUUUUGGAUAUAAUUGCAACAAGAGUUUCAUUAAAAAAUUUUAAAGGUUAUCGAGCUGGUCUUGAUGUAAGUGAACAAACAGAUUGUCCAAUAUCUUAUUAUGAAUUAUAUGAUCAUAAAGAAAUUAUGUUUCAUGUUAGUACAUUAUUACCAUUUACACAUACAGAUACAUCACAAAUUCAACGUAAACGUCAUAUUGGAAAUGAUAUUGUUGCAAUUGUUUUUCAAGAAGAAAAUACACCAUUCCAUCCAAGUAUGAUUAAAUCAAAUUUUUUACAUGCUUUUCUUGUUGUACAACCUGUUCAAGUACUUUCAAGAACAUGUUAUAAAGUAAGAUAA